AUGCGUCAAGCAAAUAAACCAAGCGAAUUUGAUUCAACUGUUAUUGAGCGGGAUCCUGGUUUACAAUUGCAAAUUUGUGAAUAUCCGGUUAAUCAACGGGAUGAGUCGAUCAGUCGUUCUGCACUUGUUGAUGAGGGGCUUAACAAUUGGAAGAAAGUAAAUGAUGGAUCCAAAUGUGUUUUUUUGCUUCAUGUCGGACUUGCAUCUUCAUCGCAUAGUUAUUAUGUUAUUAGUCAUAACAAUUUAAAGAAAUCUUCCCAACACAUUGAAAAAGUGUUGAAUGCGCAAUCAAAAGAAGAAAUUUUGAAGAAUCGAAUGCGGGUAAAGGCAACAAUUGAAACUAUUCAAGUACUUGCUCCUCGAGGACUUGGUUUUAGAGGUCAUGAUGAAAGCUUGACUUCAUUGAAUCAAGGUAAUCUAAUUGAAUUAUUAAAGUUCAAGGCGAGAGGGAAUGAUGCACUUGAGAGCAUUAUAUUAAAGAAUGCUCCACAAAAUGCCAAAUACACUUCUUUGAAGAUCCAAAAGGAGAUUUUGCAUAUACUUGCUAACAGAGUUAGGAAUAUGAUUUUUGAUGAAGUUGCAGGAGGUUAUUUUUGUAUUCUUGUUGACGAAUCCCAAGACGAGUCUGAAAAAGAACAAAUGGCCCUUAUUUUGAGAUACGUCAAGAAUGAUGGUUUUCUAGGGAAAUGGUUCUUUGAUAUCGUGGGUGUCAAAAAUAUAUCUGCAUUGACUCUUAAAAAAGAGAUAUUGAAUAUCCUUUCUCGAUUUAAUCUCUCUAUUCAAAACAUGCGUGGUCAAGGAUAUGAUGAUGCUAGCAAUAUGCGUGGCAAAUGGAAUAGACUUCAAGCUUUAUUUCUUAAACAUUGCCCAUAUACAUAUUAUGCACAUUACUUUGCACAUUGUCUGCAAUUGGCCUUAAUUACGGCAGCAAAAGAUGAGCCUAAUGUUUGGCAAUUUUUUUCUCACUUGAGUUGUAUUGUCAAUCUUGUUGCUUCUUCUCCAAAGCUCCUUGGUGGGUUAAAAUCUUUUCAUAGGAGUGAGGUUGAAAAUAUGUUGGCUAGUGGUGAGCGUCAAUCUAGUAAAGGGGCCAAUCAAAUUGGUACCUUGCAUCGAGCUGGAGCUACUCGUUGGAGCUCGCAUUAUGAUUCUGUUAGAAACUUGAUUGUGUAG